AUCCUCUCUGACAUUCACACUGUUUCUGCUCCACUUUGUUUCCUACAGAUCUUCUCUGUUUAUUCUUAUGGCAAUGUACAGUUUUAUAACUUAGCCAUCAUGUCUUAUGACAGAUAUCUUGCUAUCUGUUGUCCUCUGCAAUAUAACACACGUAUGACAUUUAAUAAGGCUGUCAGGCUUACUGUUGUUAUAUGGGUUCCUCCUUUUCUUGUUGUUUUUGUUACAACAUGCUUGAGUAGCUCCUUACAGCUGUGUGGGAGAAUUAUUAACAAAGUCUACUGUGACAACUACUCCAUCAUCAAACUGGCUUGCUUCGACACCACAGUAAAUAAUAUCUAUGAACUCAUUGCUGCUUCUCUCACAGUCUUUGGUUCUGGAUCUUUAAUCCUUUACUCUUACGUGAGGAUCUUUAGAGUUUGUUUCUCUGGUUGUAAACAGACCAGACAGAAAGCUGUCAGUACCUGCACACCUCACCUCGCUUCUCUGCUCAACUUCUCUUUUGGUGUUUGCUUUGAAAUAAUACAGAGCAGAUUUGAUAUGAAAGAUGUACCUAAUAUAGUGUGCAUCUUUUUAUCGUUAUACUGGCUGACAUGCCAACCGCUCUUCAGCCCUGUAAUGUACGGACUGAACAUGUCCAAGAUACGUAGCAUGUGUAAAAGUCUGCUUUUAAGUUCAGUUAGGAAGUUUAGAUCAUCUGACAGAUUUGUUCAGCUUGAAUAACAAGAGAAAACAAUAACUGUAAGCCUUUGGCUGACUAGUGUGUGUGUGUGUGUGUGUGUGUGUGUGUGUGUGUGUGUGUUGUGUCAAAACUUAGGAGAUGUAUCAUGUAAGUGACGCAACAAGUAAAAGGUGAUCUACUUCUGUCUAUUCUUGUUUUAUUUUCGCACUGUUAUGUUUUAAUCUUCUAUAUGAAGUCAAUCAUCUAAAAUUUUAAAGCCAUAGUAUCCUCUCACAAUAAUUUAUUUCGCUGAAAUUAGACAUUUUGAAAGUUAUUUGAAAUCGUCCAAUGAGGAUGAAUUAGCUGAUAAAGUUAAUUUACUAAACUUUCAUCGUGAAAAGUAAAACUGAACACCACAAACAGAAUAAGUUCCAAAUUGAAUGGAUUGCAACGAUUUUAUUCAUAAGGUUUUUUUACAAUUUGUACAACAUACGGCCUUUCAAUGUAUAAUUUAUAUAUCUAUACAAAUUAAAAUAAGGAAAGACUCUUUAACAGGAGAACAGGAGAAAAUGUCUAACUGUCCUCUUCCAGGACAGACAAACAUUCAACAGGGGUUGUCUUUGCAGAGUAGACAGCUGGAGCAGUAAGACAAUAACAAUAUUGGGUAGAUGAAGUAAAACAAUAAAAUGAAGUAAAUAUUAAGUGUUUCCAGUGUGAACUCUUUACCUGGAUAGGCUUCACACCAUCUGGCCUAUGAGCGACAUUAAUGUUUCCCUAACUAGGACCACACUAACAGAGAUAAGGGUUUCGAAUGGUUUAUUCCAUGUUAAAGUCAGGGAUGGACUUUGGGAGCGAAAGGUGGUUUAGAGUUCUGGGAUGAAAGGAUUCAAUUCAAUUCAAUUUAUUCUGUAUAGCCCAAAAAUCCUUAAUAACAAAAAGGGCUUUACAGUCUGUACACAUUCAACAUCCUCUGACCUUUGACCCUCACAUCGGAACAGGAAGAAC